CUAACCGCUGCUGUGCGUAUCCAAUGAAGUACUCCACUUCUGUAACCAUGGAUAAGGCCUACAUUGCCGUCUUCUCCAUCGUCAUCCUCUUCUUGCUCGUCGACUACCUUCGUCGUCUUCGUGGCGGCGGCACGAGCAAUGGCAAGAACAAGGGGAUGCGGCUGCCGCCGGGUCUACCGGCCGUCCCGAUCAUCGGCCACCUCCACCUCGUCAAGAAGCCGAUGCACGCGACGCUGUCCCGCCUCGCCGCGCGGCACGGGCCGGUGUUCUCGCUGCGCCUCGGCUCGCGGCGCGCCGUGGUGGUGUCGUCGCCGGGGUGCGCCAGGGAGUGCUUCACCGAGCACGACGUGGCCUUCGCGAACCGGCCCAGGUUCGAGUCGCAGCUGCUCAUGUCGUUCGACGGCACCGCGCUGGCCAUGGCGAGCUACGGCCCGCACUGGCGCAACCUCCGCCGGGUCGCCGCGGUGCAGCUGCUCUCCGCGCGCCGCGUCGGCCUCAUGUCGGGGCUCAUCGCCGGCGAGGUGCGCGCCAUGGUGCGGAGCUUGUGCCGCCGCCCAGCCGCCGCCGCGCCAGUCCAGCUGAAGCGGAGGCUGUUCGAGCUCUCCCUGAGCGUGCUCAUGGAGACCAUCGCCCAGAGCAAGGCGACCCGACCCGAGACGACGGACACGGACACGGACAUGUCCAUGGAAGCCCAGGAGUACAAGCAGGUCGUCGAGGAGAUCCUCGAGCGCAUCGGCACGGGCAACCUGUGCGACUACCUGCCGGCGCUCCGGUGGUUCGACGUGUUCGGCGUGAGGAACAGGAUCCUCGCCGCGGUGAGCCGGAGGGACGCGUUCCUCCGUCGACUGAUCUACGCGGCGCGGUGGAGGAUGGACGACGGCGAGAAGAAGAGCAUGAUCGCCGUGCUGCUCACUCUGCAGAAGACACAGCCGGAGGUGUACACUGACAACAUGAUCACGGCUCUUUGCUCGAACUUGUUAGGAGCAGGAACAGAGACAACCUCGACGACGAUAGAAUGGGCAAUGUCGCUGUUGCUGAACCACCCAGAAACGCUCAAGAAAGCACAAGCCGAGAUCGACGCGUCCGUCGGCAACUCCCGCCUGAUCACCGCCGACGACGUGCCCCGCAUCACCUAUCUCCAGUGCAUCGUCAGGGAGACGCUCCGCCUCUACCCCGCGGCGCCGAUGCUCAUCCCGCACGAGUCCUCCGCCGACUGCGAGGUCGGCGGCUACAGCGUCCCGCGCGGGACGAUGCUGCUCGUGAACGCGUACGCCAUCCACCGUGACCCGGCGGCGUGGGAGGAGCCGGAGAGGUUCGUGCCGGAGAGGUUCGAGGGCGGCGGGUGCGACGGCAACCUCUCGAUGCCGUUCGGGAUGGGGAGGCGGAGGUGCCCCGGCGAGACGCUGGCUCUGCACACGGUGGGGCUGGUGCUGGGCACGCUGAUCCAGUGCUUCGACUGGGAGAGGGUCGAUGGCGUGGAGGUCGACAUGGCUGAGGGUGGCGGGCUCACCAUGCCCAAGGUCGUGCCGUUGGAGGCCGUGUGCAGGCCGCGCGACGCCAUGGGUGGUGUUCUUCGCGAGCUCUGAACAUUUUGGCGUCGUUUGCAUCUCCAGGGCAAACUCAUGUAUACUGAUGAAGUACCAAAAGUAAGUAGCAAUAAGCUUCUUGUGAGCAUACACAUGUUGUGAACUUGUGAUGUGUAAACUACAGUACUACACGUAGGGGAUUUAGAAGAGAACGACUGCUCUAGCAUUACCAAUUUGUAUCGAUGUGCAAUAAUCCUGUACAAAGUAUAAUUAUAUAAUUAUAUACUUCCUAUUGUUUGUGUGG